AUGAAGAUACAACGACGGCGACCACGGCAGGUUCCCGUCUCAUGUCAGCUUUGUCGCUCCAUGAAGCUGAGAUGCAAUCGAGAACAGCCAUGCUCGAAUUGCUUGACGCGUGGAGUUGCAUGCGAGAGAGUACCAGUGAUGUCUAGCGGAGCACAGUUGGCCCAAGAGCAAUCUUCUGCCCCUACUCAAAUCCACGAUAAUAUUCUAGCCCGCUUGACGAGAUUGGAAGCCAUCGUCCUCCGGUCUCAUGGUGCUGACGAAGGGGAGCGCGCCUCUGUUGCAAAAACCACCCCGGCACUGGCUCCUCUGUCUCACAUCUCGGAAGGCGAGGGUGACUCUAAGUGGCUCGAUGGUGUUGGCUCUCGCGAGGCUCCAGUCAUCUCGGGCUUGUCUAAUGGGAUCUCUUUCAGCGUGAUAUCGAUUCGGCAAGGGUUGACAGCAAUUGUCUCUGAAUAUUCGCUCGCUAGCUGGCUGCUUGAGCGCUAUACAGAAUACAUAGCAUACAUACACUAUGUUGUGCAUAUACCGUCUUCUCGUCUUCUUCUUGAAGAUGCGUACAAGCAACUGUCACUCGGAUCGAGCCCUGAGCCAGGCCAUGUCGCACUUCUCCUGAGCAUAUUUGCCAGUACUGCAUAUAUGCUGGAGGCAAAAGCCGCCGACUCACUCUUUCUCAACCAAGCGAACGCUGUGAGCUGUUCGAUAGAAGAUGUUCAGGCGGCAAUUAUCUUAUCAUUCAUUAUCUUCAAUAUCGAGGGAUUCUCCUCGAGGUUUCGUACAACUAGCAGUAGCGCCCUAAUAAUGGCAAGGGACUUGUCGCUCCAUCGGAUUGAUGCAGACACCUUUCGAGAUAAUGAGGACCCCGUACAGAUCGAAAUUAAGAGGCGGAUAUGGUGGCACAUGGCUGCAACGGACUGGCUUUUAUCACUCUCUGGUGGUCCUCAGCAAGGCACGUACCUAGUUCAUCCUAAACAUAUGUGCGUGAAUCGUCCACGCAACAUUGAUGAUCUGGACUUAGAGCGUUCCGACCCGGAGCACACCCUCCCUUUGUCACAACCAACCGCAAUGACUUACUAUAUACUGCGAAUCAAGCUGGCAGAGAUCUCUCGGAGUGUAGUAGAUGCGCUGCCAUUUUCGCCGUCGGACUGGGCAAUGGUGGAAUACGAUAUGAUUGUCUCGUUGAACCGGAAAUUUGACGAAUUUCUGCGCGAUCUUCCUGUUUUCUUCCGACAUGAUGCAGCAAGUCGUGAGCAGAGCCGUAAUGUUGAUCGUCGAUAUCCACAGACAAUAUUCCAACGGUACAUCAUAGCCAGCACGUUUCAUUCCAGUCGGAUCAAACUGAACCAGCCGUUCCUGACCCGUAUAUCGCUGGAUCCGGGAUACGAGUACUCCCGAAAGGUCUGUCUGGAAUCCGCUCGAAGUAUCAUCAACAUGCACAACUCGGUACAGCAGGAUGCAGGUCUCCUUGCAUCUGUGCACGUGAGACUGGCUACAUUUCUCUGCAUUUUCUUUCUGGCGACUGCUGUCCUUGUUAUAGAUUUGUGUAUCAAUAAGGAUGAAGACAACGAAGGCCGGCGACAAGAAGUUAUGGAGGCAUGCUAUGUGCUGAAGCAGGCGGAGGAGUCAUCUUCUAUCGCCGGUCGGUUCUUGAAGUCACUCAUAGACAUCCUCCACAAGUACCAGAUCCGAGUUUCUCCCGAGAUUACUCCCCGACCUACGCCGACCGGAAGUAACUCCAACGCAGAUCCGACGGAUAUAUGCACAGCUGCGCCAAGUACGACAGAUGGGAAUGUGUUGUGGCCCAAUAGUCUCGAGGAAGGAAUCAGUGAUAUUGAUGGGAUGUGGCAAAGCUUCAUCGAGCUUGGGAAUUCUGGUGAUGUUACUAGUUGGGAUGAUAUAUUUUCUGCCCUUGGUACUAGGACUUUAUAG